AAUUUUUAAAAAAUCUAUUAGCGAUCCCCCACCCCCUGACAAGGUAUAGAUUAAAACGCAGCGUUUCUUGUAACUUUCCCGUGAAUAGACAGACAACAACGGCAAGUGAAUGAAUUAUACAAAAAAACUUUCCCGAAGAAAUGGUGCGACUGCGUUAUCAUCAUCAAUCAUUAUAUAAUUGAAUGAAAAAUGAUUUGAUUGAUAGAAUAACACACUAUCCAUUUGAUCUUCUACGCUACGCUACAGUGACGAUCAUGGAGAACCCUCAGUAUCCAAACAACAACCCUCCUUCUCCUCCUUCACCCUAUCAACACCAACGCGACGUUUCCAUUCCCAAACCACAAUCGCAUCAUUCCGAUAAUAAUGAUCCAACCACCGCUGAGUUACGUGCUCUCGAUUGUAAUCUCGCUUCUCUCUGCGAACAUGUUCAAAUUGAAGGUUUCAAUUCCGGUUCAUUUUCCGAUAUCGUUGUUAAUGCAAUGGGUUCUACUUAUCAUCUUCAUCGUCUCAUCCUCUCCCGCAGUUCAUAUUUCAGGAACAUGCUUCAUGGUCCAUGGAAAGAAGCCAGUGCUGCUAUUGUGACCCUGCUAAUUGAUGAUAGCAAUGUUAAUGAUGAAGCUAUUGCAAUUGCUUUGGCAUAUCUAUAUGGAAACCACCCUAAACUUAAUGAUAAUAAUGCAUUUCGUGUUCUUGCUGCCGCUUCCUUUCUCGACCUUCAGGAUUUAUGUGCUAUAUGUACAGAUUUCAUCAUAUCUGAGCUGUGGACUUCAAACUUCUUGGCUUAUCAGGUGUUUGCGGAGAACCAAGAUUACGGCAUUCAUGGGGAGCGUGUUAGAACUGCUUGUUGGGGCUACCUUUGUCAAAGUGGGGGCAUGGAAUUGAGAGAGGUGCUUCCUAAACUUUCAUCUCAUACGUUACAUGCAUUACUAACCUCUAAUGAUCUGUGGAUAUCCUGUGAAGAGAAGCGGUUUGAAUUGGCUUUUCUCACAUUCCUGGCAAAAAGUGCUCACUGCAAGAAUGAACAUCCUGCACAUGGAAUUCCUGAUUCUGAGUCUGCAACUGGCAUUCAUUCUGAUUCUGAUAACACCAAGGGUAAAGGUAUCAUUGAUAGCUGCACAAACGAGAGGUUGGAAACUGACUUGGGGAAAAUGAGUCUUAAAAGUGAUCUAAAGGACCCUAGCAUGCCUAAUCUUUUAGUUGAGCUUGCAAACUCAGCAUUAGACUUCAACAAUGGCGUUUCUGAUUCUAAUCAACGGGUUCAACUUGCUUCAUAUGCCAGUUCACCAAACUUGAAUCCAAGAUAUCCUUGUGACAUGGAAGGGACUUCAUUGGGUAAUUCAUUGUCUGAUACAGAUGGGGCGAGAACAUCUUGUUAUGUUGAGGUGCCUCUUGGUGCUGGAACAAUUACUGGAAUGGGUAUUGAAGGGCCAUCUGAGGGAGGAUCUUGCUACCAUUCGGAUAACAACAAUAGGUUGGUCAGGGAUCAAUCAAGACAUUGUUUUUCAUCGAGUUCUUCUAAUGGGCCCACAUCCAGUGACUGGGGAAGAUAUGGAACACCUUUGCUUUCGUGGGGUGGCCAUGUUGGCAGAAGACAGGUCAAAGCUCAUCCCAGAGGAAACUAUGUAGAUGAAGACGAUGUAUUUCUUAAUAUAUUUGAAGGGGGCUCACUUUUAUAUUGCAAUAUGUCAUUUGAUGCACUUUUAAAUGUCAGAAAGCAGCUUGAAGAAAUAGGAUUCCCGUGCAAAGCUGUAAAUGAUGGUCUGUGGCUGCAGAUGCUUCUUAGUCAGAGGGUACAAGAGAUUGCUGCUGAUACAUGCAGAGUUUGUUCACUUAUGACUAUGUCUUGUACUUGCCAAAAGCAGUUUGCAUUUUUACACGGAUCUACUACCACUGGAUCUUACAUGCAAGAACAUAAUCAUAACAAUAUGCCUGGGGGUGGAGGAAAUAUAUAUGUUGCUGAAUCUUCGACAGGAGAAAGAAAUGGCUCUUUUAGACCUGUACGAGUACAUGUUAGAGGUGCUAUUGAUGGGCUUGCCGGGAUUGGCCGUGGAACAACAUUUGUUCCUGCAGCGGCUUCUCCUCCUACACGAUUUGUCUUUUCUCGUGUACCAUUUGGCGUUGGCAACAGAAACUACCCUCAAUCUGCCGCCAAUGAUGAUUCAGAGGCCCGUGCUGAUCACAAUGGAGACCUGUCUGGAGAUGGAUUGACAGCUUUAGUUGGGCUAAGCCAGGGAGGGAAUUAUGGAACAAAUGUAAAUACAGAACUAACACAAAGGGGACAUGAAAUGGGCAUGCAAAGUACUGCUGGUGGUGCAAGUUCUGGUGGCAUUCCCGUACAGAUGUUAGAGACACCAGAACACACCGUUGGUAUAGAAUGGGAGAAUGACAACAGUUCUUCUAUAUCAUUGGAUUUGAAAACACCUCUGAGCCAUUUCCCCCCUUUUCGCUUUGGUGUAAGUUUUGAGGAAGUGCACAGGCUUGGUGAUGGCCAGGUCAAGCAUUCGCCAGAAGUUUUCUAUGCUGGUUCUUUAUGGAAGGUCAGUAUUCAGGCUUUUAAUGAUGAAGACCCCCAGGGACGGCGUACCCUUGGGUUGUUUCUUCACCGUCGGAAGGCAGAGAUAACUGAUGUACACAGGAAGGUACAUAUGUAUGUUGACUCGCGUGAAAAGGUCACUGCACGGUAUCAGUUGACUUGCCCAUCCAAGAGGGAAAUGUUGGUGUUUGGAAGCUUUAAACAAACGGGCACUCUUCUACCCAAAGCUCCUAAAGGAUGGGGUUGGCGAACUGCUCUGCUAUUUGAUGAACUUGCUGAUCUUCUCCAAAAUGGUGCCCUAAGGGUUAUUGCUGUAGUGCAGCUUGUUUGAAUUAAACAGGAGAUGAACGGUGGUUAAGGCCUUCAUUGUACAGUAUAAGAAUUGUGAAGCUGCAUACAUUAUUUUGUGAACUAUAUGUGAUCUGUAUACUACACACAGUGUAGACCAUUUUGCUUUGCGGCCCCUUUCAUAUACCUGUAAGAUCGGAUGCACAAUAUUAGAAGUUAAUUAUUUUUAAUAUUUUUGUUUUGAGAUUAA